CAACAGUGUGGAAUGCCCCAGGGGGGCUCGGAUUGGUAGGACAGGCCAGGCCAGGCCAGAGAGCUUCAUUGCUCAUCUGCUCUGAACUAGAACACUCUCUGUAGCUCGUGGAUGAAAUGCUUGAAAGUACCUGCAGAAGACGUGGGAAGCUGAAGCAAGGGUGAGUGAUGUGUGAGAGGGGAUAAGACCUGUUUAGUUGGUUGUAGUUACAUCCCAUGUGCUUCUGCUAAACACGGACAAGCUUUAAAUCUCCACAAUGAGCUCCUGGACGGGAGCGUCUGUUGUCGGUGGCACUGGCAGAAACAGGGGAAACGAAGAGCCCGGUGACGAUAACAGCAGGACUGAGGGUCACGAUCAACGGAUGAAGGCGACCAGACCUUGGCCGAGGGGCGCAGAUCAAGCUGGGGAUCACCUGGUGAGACCCGCGCUGUCAGGGAGAAAGGCACGCAGAAAGACCUGCCCUGAGGAAACACAAGGAGGAAGAGGGGAAAUAAACCAAGAGAGGGAUGAGGAGAGAGACUUCAGAGGCAAAUGCAGAGGACAAGAACCGCCUGGAAGGAUGGAGACAGUGUGUGCAGAUGAAGCCCAAGACGGGCCAAGAAGAGGAACCUCUGAAUGCCUUUCUAGCGCUAACUCUGACACGCAGUUAAAUAGCACUUCAGAAGCUGGGGAACCUUCAAACCACUCGGAGGGGCCGCGCACAAAUUCCAGAUCACAAACUACUGGAUUUACUCAGACUACAACAACCCAUUUGAGCUCUCAGUCGGGUCGCCCCGCUGUUCACAGCAGAUUUACCCAUCCGUCAUCACGGGCCCCUUUAUCCAGAGAUUCAGAUCCACUCCGGGCAGAAUCGAGAGCAGGGGCAGGCUCAGGGCCGCCUUCACAAAACCAAUCAAGUCACACGCACGUCUCAGAGUCAGAGAAUGAAGAAGAGGACGAUAGGAAUGAUGAGGACAGCGCCGAAGACGGAGAGGAAGAAGGCAGCGCCGUGGUCGAAGUGACAGGUUGGGCCGCGGACUCGACGGAGCCACCGCUGUGUAUCCCUUCAGCAGAGAGGAGGAUGAGUAAAAGAGAGAAGAGCAGGAUUAAAAGUCUGAGAAGGAGGCAGAGGUGGAGGGAGAGAUGGAGACCGAGUCAGCAGCAGGAGAGCGCACAGAGUUCAACAGAGACCCCCACCACCGGCAGCAGUUGCAGCAGCACGGAGGAUGAAGAAGCCCUGAGCAUGAGAGAGAAAGAAGGCUUCAUCUGUGCCGUGUGCUUGGAUGUGUACUUCAGUCCUUACAUGUGUCACCCAUGCAGUCACAUCUUCUGUGAGCCCUGUCUGAGGACACUUGCAAAGAACAGCCCCACAAAUACCCCCUGUCCUCUCUGCAGAACCACCAUCACUCACGUCUUCUUCCAAAAGGAGCUGAACCAAACAGCAAAGACAUUUUUUCCCAAGGAAUACCUUUCCAGGAAGCAGAACUUUCAGAGAGCACCGUGCUCAAAGUGGCCCCUCCCAAGCUGCAGGAAGCUCUUCCGCAUCUUUCGUGGUUUCCAGAGGCAGUCAAGCCCAAGUGUUAGACGCCAGUUCCCCCACGGAGGAGAAUUCCCUCUCGACACCAUCGACUUCGAGGACGGCCCUAGAGGUUGGCGUUUCGACAUGGACAUGGUCAUAAUCUACAUCUACUCCGUCAACUGGGUUAUUGGCUUCUUCAUAUUCUGCUUUCUUUGCUAUUUAUUCUUCCCUUCCUUUUGACAAUCCUAUCAA